AUGAAGUUCACCAACACUCUUCGGAUCGCUGUUCUUGCCAUCGCCGGCCUGGCUCAGGCACUUUCUGAUGGCUUUUACGAAGGCACCACCUUUUCAAACGGCACUAUGAGUGUCAAGCAGCUUGGAGCCACUGAAGCCAAGCGCUUCACCAUCGAGCCGCCCUCCGGCUGGGAAGGAACUCUCCAGGAGCGCGACCUUGUCGAAGGUGAAGCCGCCUCGCGCCUCGGGAAGCGUUUCGUCGACUGCUGGGGAAAUGCCCUCGACCACUCCGGUACCGACUCCGCCGUGCAGGACUGGAAGAAUCACGUCGGCGCGAACGGCCAACACUAUCUCGAGUCCGGAAACAGCCCAAACUGGGUGGGCUACAUUCGAGAAGCAGUCCUCGUAUACUACUGUAUCAACGCACCCCACAGCAGCGGCAGCCUCGACCUUGUUGACAUCAACUACGCCCUUAGCCAGAUGGAUGCGGUGUGUGUCCGGUACACGGCAAGCUACUUCCGCUGGGAUGGCUCUGUGGAGAUCUUUGGCAAGGUCCAGCAGGGUGUGCCUAUCUGUCUUGGUUGA